UCUGAAGAACUUGUCCCGGAAGUUGUGUUGUCAUUGCUGCAGAGCGGAAACAGCGCGUCUGAGUUGAAGAUAUUUAAGAUACUUUAGAGAUAAACACGUUAUUUGGUCGUUUUUAUCUUCUCCUAAAUGUCUGCCUGAUGUCUGAGGGUCCGAGAUGAGCGUCACGUUGGAUAUCAGACUGAAGAGAGCGAACAAAGUGUACCAUGAAGGGGAGGUGGUGGCCGGCGUCAUCCUGCUGGUGUGCAAGGAGGCGCUGCAGCACCACGGCAUCACUCUGAACAUGGAGGGUCUGGUGAACCUGCAGCUGAGCUCCAAGAGCGUCGGCGUCUUCGAGGCUUUCUACAACUCCGUCAAGCCCAUCCAGCUGAUCAGCAGUAACAUCGAAGUCGCCAAGGCGGGAAAAAUCCCCGGAGGGAAAACGGAGAUCCCGUUUGAGUUUCCUCUGAACACCAAAGGAAACAAAGUUCUGUACGAGACGUACCACGGCGUCUUCGUCAACAUCCAGUACACCCUCCGCUGUGACAUGAAGCGCUCCCUGCUGGCCAAAGACCUGAGCAGGAACUGUGAAUUCAUCGUCCACUGUCAGCCUCAGAAAGCUAAAGUUGUUCCCACUCCGGUGAACUUCACCAUCACUCCAGCGACUCUGCAGAACACCCGCGAGAGGAGUUUACUGCCAAAGUUUCUGGUCAAAGGUCAUUUAGACGCCACCAACUGUGUGAUCAGUCAGCCGCUGACCGGAGAGGUGGUGCUGGAGAACUCAGAGGUCCCAAUAAAGAGCAUCGAACUGCAGCUCGUUCGAGUAGAAACCUGCGGUUGUGCUGAAGGUUACGCCAGAGACGCCACGGAGAUCCAGAACAUCCAGAUAGCCGAAGGCGACGUCUGCCACGGCCUCCCGAUUCCCAUCUACAUGGUUUUCCCCCGGCUGUUCACCUGCCCCACACUGGAGACCACCAACUUCAAAGUCGAGUUUGAAGUCAACGUCGUCAUCUCGCUUCAUGAUGAUCACCUGAUCACAGAGAACUUCCCCCUGAAGCUCUGCAGAGUCUGAAGUCACAGCGAUCCUCUCUACAACACACUGCACCUUUGCCUUCCUGUAUUAAUGCUUAUUGUCUGACUUUAAACAAAUCCAAUUUUCUGUAAUUAAUAGAUACGACCAAAAUUGUAAGAGAUUAUUCCUUUUGUUAUAAUAAAUGUCACAU